AUGAAAAACUGUGCUGAGCUGUACAAAUCCGGCGAAAGAAUUACAGGAGUUUACACAAUCGAUCCCGAUGGUUUGGGUGCGUUUGAUGUGUUUUGCGAUCAAAAAUCUGUAGGUGGGGGGUGGACAGUAUUCCAGAAGAGACUCGAUGGCUCCGUUGAUUUCAACAAUCGCGGCUGGGCGGACUUCAGACGUGGAUUCGGAAACUUAAAUGGUGAGUUUUGGCUCGGACUGGACAAGGUACACCGCCUGACCAAAACAAAGAGUAGACUGCGAGUGGAACUCGAAGACACACAAGGAAAGAUAGCUUACGCUGAAUACGAUAUGUUCUCUGUUUCCAGCGAAAGAAAUAAAUACAGACUUGGCCUUGGGAAGUAUACAGGUGAGUGCCUACAAUCUGUGGAUUGGUCUAUUUUACCCUAAAUAUGGUUCCUAAAGAUACAGCCGAAUUAGAGCGAUUCUUUCAUUUUUAUACAGACCAAUAAGCUCAGCGUCACAGAAAAGGUUACUAUAACUGUUAUUUACUCCAGAUCCCCCAAAACAGUAGAUUCUUCGUUUUUGCUUGUAUGUUUUUGUUUGUUUGUUUGUUUUUUUUUUUCAGAAUUUAUUGCAUUCUCUUCUAUCAUCAGAGUCUGAAAAACUCUGACAUUCAAUUUCUCUCCAAAGUAACACAAUUUCUGGACUUUCUGAUGGUUCCUAAACUCCCGUCUUUGAGGGGAGCCGCAAGUUUAGUGUUGUGCCUACUUUUGCUAACUGUCGGUGUUUUUGUCUCAGGAACUGCUGGGGAUUCUUUGAGCUUUCAUAGGAACAUGGCAUUCUCCACCAAAGAUCGCGACAAUGAUAAAUACUCGGGCAACUGUGCCGCAUACUAUAAAAGUGCUUGGUGGUACAACAACUGUCUCCGUGCCAACUUAAACGGCUACUAUUACCACGGUUCGCACGUCGGGUCUGCCCAUCGUGGUAUCAACUGGGAUAAAUGGAAGGGUCAAAGUUACUCCGCUAAGAGAGCUGAAAUGAAGAUCAGGCCCGUGGACUUUUAA